AUGCAAUACUUCAUCACUAUGCACAUCGGCAACCCCCCACAGCCCCUCCGCGCUCUUAUCGACAUCUCCUGGUCCAAGGCCUUCGCCUUUUCCACCGAGUGCGCCGACGAGCCCUGUCUAAACCACUCCCGCUACAGCGCCGACGCCUCAAAAACCCACAGCUGCGACGAAACUCGCACGCAGUUCAUCUACACCGGCCUCCGCGCAGCCGGCCAUCUGAGCAAAGACACCCUCACCAUCGCGGGCGUCGAAAUCAAGAACCAGUUGUUCCACGAGCUCGACCGCGUGAAAAGCGUGCCGACGACCUUCUGGCGGCGUGAGUUCGAUUCGGUCCUCGGCCUGGCGCCGCCGGACGAGGCGUGGUCGUUGCUUGGGAACGGGAGCCCGUUUGCGGGUAUGGUGGCGCAGGGGCUUCUUCCGAGGAAUGUUGUUUCGAUUGGCCUGGGGCGCACGGAGGGGGGCGUUGAGGUUCCGGGGGAGAUCACGUUUGGGGGUGUUAAUUUGAAGAUGUUUGAGGGCGAGGUGGUUGAAGGCCCGCUGUCGAAUGUUACGGACGGGGAACCGGGGAGCGAUGAUCCUUUUGAGGUAGGGCCGCCGCUUCUGAAUGGGACGUGGCGUGUGGAAGCGCGUGGCCUGUCAUGGGGGGCUGGUAAGGACGAGUCUGUGGAUUUGACGGGGUUCACGGCGCGGCUGGAUACUGCGGAGCCGUUUAUUUGGCUUCCGGAGGCCGCGUUUGUGAAGUUGAGAGAGGUUAUACGACCGGAGCAGAUUUCUGACUGGCCUAAUUCUGUGAACUGCGAGAAGGUGAGCGAGCUUCCGGAGUUGGUGUUUAACCUUGGGGGCCAUGAGUUCGUGCUAAGCCCUUUUGAUUAUACGCUGGAAAUGGAGUUUGAAGAUCUGGGGGUCAGAUGCGUGGUUGGGUGGCAGCCGUGGGUCAAGCAGGAUAGGGAUGAGAAGGACUUUAUUGUGCUGGUGGCACACGCAAAGUAUAAGGCGGGUACAUGGCUGAUAGAUGGUAUGCUACAGCAACAGGAGCUGUGAGGAUGCUUUCGGGUUAGUUCUCAAUCUCAAAAAGUUAUACCGCAUUUCCACACCUAUAUACACUUCCUGAUGUAAGAUUGAGUUUUUUAUUGAAAAUGCUGC